CACGUAGGGAGAAAGAAAUACCCAUCACACCACCUGGGGUGAAGAUUCCAGGGCUAACACAAGGUGGAUCUAGCCAGAUAAGGGCCACCGACACGGGAACUGAUGAGAACGAGUCGGCCAAAAUGACUUUUAGUUUGGGAAAGCGGUCUGAAAUGCUGGAGCAAGGGGCAAGGCCACCGCCCCAGGUCGAGGAGCAAAUGGUGACUAUGACGAGAAAUGAGAUGCAAAGAAUGAUUGCAGAGGCGGUGGCAGCCCAACUCAAACAGGUGCAAGUCGAGCAACCCAGGGUCGAACAACCUAGGAGGGAGCCACCUAGAGUCGAGCAACAAAGGCUCGAGUUGCCACCCCCUAAUCACGAGCAACAAGCCCAGUCCAAUGAUAGGCAGAUCCGGAGGGUGGAGGAAGAAGCGUCCUCCAUCAGGACCGCUAACCCGCAAGCGAGAGAUGAGACUAAUCUAUAUUGUCGAUUUCAUAAGGACUAUGGGCACAAUACUGACGACUGCAGGCACCUUACAGACGAGAUCGAAAGGCUGAUUAGGGCAGGGCACUUAAAAGAAUUCAUAUACAAGGAUCGGGAAAAGUCGAGCAGGAGAAGAGAAAGGAGCAGGAGCCCUCGCAAGAGGGCGAGAACGCCGGAUAAAGAGGAUCUCCCACAAAAAAGAGGAACCAUACAUAUGAUAUUUGGAGGAUCAACUGAUGGAGAUUCGAAUCGAGCAAGGAAGGCGUAUGCCCGAGGGCGCCACGGGAAAGUCGAGGUACAACAGGUCGAUGAGAAUGGGCCAGUAAUAAACUUCGGUCCAGCAGAUGUGGGAGAGGUUGAAAGACCUCAUAACGAUGCAUUGAUGAUAACUUCCCAGAUAUCGGGAUGUGAAGUGCAGAGAGUGUUUGUCGACACUGGGAGUUCUGUGAAUGUGAUUUUCUACGAUUGUCUCAAAAGGAUGGAGCUCGACAUACAGCUCGCACCCCUCCAUACUUCACUAUUCGGUUUCAACGGGUCAGAGGUCGCGCCCCUAGGGGAAACCAUGCUCGCUGUCGUUCUAGGGAAAGGUGACUUGCGAAAGGUAAAAAUGGUGAGAUUCGUGGUGGUUGAUGUCGAGUCAGCGUAUAAUGCGAUCUUGGGGAGGCCAUCACUUAAUGCAUUCCAUGCGGUAGUAUCGACCUACCAUAUGAAGCUAAAGUUCCUAGUCGGAGACCAA